AUGGUCUCCCUCAAGCUCGCCCUACUCGCAGCUCUUAGCAGCUCUGUCCUCGCAACACCCGUGGCAUCUUCAGAUGGCAAUUCCAACUUAGCUAAACGCACAGAAGGGCUCUAUCUAGUGAACUGCGGAAACAGUUACUCCGUCGUAGUUUACUGCGCCAACUACCUAAGCUGUAGCUUCACCCCUAGCUCACAGAACCAAUGUCGACCUUCCAGUGGAAUCCAACACUGGGAGGGUUCAAGCCAGAAGUGCACUUUCCCUGGAUCUGGGACGACGUUUACCUGGAAUAUUAGGGCUGAUGCCCAGGAUCCGAGUGUUUACGCGAGAGUUGGGACUGGGAGCAAUGGGUUCCAUCCGUUUAGCAUCUUCAAAGAAGACAAGACGGCGUUGUAUACGGACGGAAAUGGAAAUCGCUGUAACAAGAUUUAUAAUGCGUACCCGAACUGA